AAUACCUCGUUAAAUGCAUUAACAUCACGGGAUGAUUUACAGAGUAAUCUAUCGUACGACAUUUAAUGUACAAUCGAAUGAAUUCAAUUUGAAACUAAUGUUUAACGAAAAUAAUGAUAAAAAGAGAAGCUGUAUACCUUCGUAAAUUGUUCUCAAAAUGUUAUGAAAGUACCGGUAGCGUCAUCAUUGGAGAGAAAAGAGGAAUCAUACUCUGCCGAUAAUAUACAAGCAAGAACCUUUUAGGUUAUAAUCUACGAAGCGAAAUUAUUUUUCUGUUGUCUAUUAAUAAAGUUCCUACAGUCUGCUAAACGGCCUUGUAUUAAUAAUAAUUGUACCGUACAUUCGUAGCUAUAUUUUCUUGACAGUGACAAAUAAAAGAUUCGUUCAACAAUGGAAGAAACAAGUCACGAGAAACGCAAAACUUGGACUGAUGAAGAACGAUUGGAACUUGCCGCGAAAUUAGAUGCCGAAUUAGACGAAUAUAUCAACAAUUUAGAAAAGAAACAGUAUACCGAAGGAUGGCCAGAAGAUCGAUGGGAAGAGGAAAUGGAAAAGCAUCCUUUUUUUAUGAAAAAGGCGCCAGAACCCGGAGAAGAACUCUCUCCCUUGAUGGAAGGACUGCAGCAACUGAAGUACGCAGAGGACGAAAAUACGCCAGAGGAACUUGCAAAUAAUUACAAGGACGAUGGAAAUUUCAAUUACAAAUAUAAAAAGUAUAGAUUAGCUGUUCUAAGUUACACAGAAGGUAUAAAAACCAAGUGCAAAGAUUCUGAUUUGAUGGCUCAGCUGUAUAAUAAUAGAGCUGCUGCACAACUUAUGUUAAAGAAUUAUAGAUCUAGUUUAAAUGAUUGCAAGCUUGCUUUGAAAUUGAAACCAAAUUAUGUAAAAGUUUUAAACAGAGCUGCUACUUGUUGUUUCCAUAUAAAAGAUUACAAUCAAUGCAUAGAUUUCUGUGAUCAAUUGCUCAGUGACUCUCCUACUGACAAAACGAUAUUAAAUUUCAAGUCUCAAGCAAUGGAUGCCAGAGAACAUUUAAAAAGAGAUAAAAGAAAGCAAGAUAGAUUAGAAAAGAAAUUAGAUAAAGAAGAACAAGAAUUGAUAGAUAUCAUAAAGAACAAGGGGAUUAAUUUAGAAUUAACAGAGGGGAAGAGAAGUCCUGAUUUAAAGGACUUGGAACCUCAAGUGCCGCAGAUAGCACAGAGUAGGGUUCACUUGGAUGAACACAAUAAGCUUAUUUGGCCAGUAAUGAUUUUAUAUCCAGAAACGCAACAGACUGAUUUUAUACAAAAUUUUCACGAGGACACAACACUGUUAGAACAAUUGGAACUAUUAUUUACCGAACCACCGGAGUGGGAUUCAAAAAAACGUUAUACUACUCGGAAUAUAAAUGUUUACUUUGAAGGCAAAGAUAAAUGUUCGUUGCAUAAAGUAAACUAUCGACAUACUCUGGGGGAAAUAUUGAAAGAUCCGCGAUUCAUCGUCCGCGGCGGAACUCCAGCGUUUUUGAUAUUCGUGAAAUCCAGCGAAGCGGAGAAGCGAUUUUUAAGCAAAACGAGACCCUGUCCGACGCGUGGCGGGUCAAUUUUCUUCAAAACGGUGAAAAGCAACUCACGAAACACGGCGAACCACUACGGGAUCCACUACACGGGCUCGUACGCGUACAGCAACGGAGCACCGAGCGUGUACAGCAGCUAUCCGGCGCACCACGGUGGCUUCGUUCAGCCCCAUCUCCAUGAGGAUUACCGGCCGAUUUACUUUUACGUAGCCCAGCCGUACACCAUACCAUAUACGUUCGCCAAGAGACCAAGACCGUCCUCCUCGUCGCUCCUCAGGACCGGGAAACCACGUCGCGUAAAAUUCUCCAAAAACCAGGACUUCGCGCAGAAGAUCAAGCAGGGCGAGUUCUCGAGGAGCCUCAGCCAGGUGCACUUCGUCGAGAAUCAGGGACAAGUGAUCUCAAACUAUCCGAAGGCUGGUCCGGCCCGUGAUCCAAGGAUGACGUCUAUGUUCCGGAGGGGUACCAUCUUCGCGACGUUCUUCCUCUCGCUGCUGGGCGGUGGCUUGGUCUGCGCUGCUCUGGUCACCCAACACUGGGUAGAAGCGCGACCUCUGAGGACGCCGAACCCUCAAGAGAGCGCCGGCCGGGUCCACUUCGGGCUUCUGCAGGGAAAGAAGGAACUGAACGUCGCCUACGGCUGGAGAACUUAUCACAUAUCCGUGCCUCAAAUGAUCAAGCAAGACCCGACGGUGAUGUCCUGGGGCCUGUGGAUCAGCACUUUGACGACGACCUCGGCUGCUCUCGUCACCGCUGCUCUGGCUGCUCUCCUCGCGGUUCUCAACACAGCCACUUCCCCCAGGUCAAAGAUCCUCUCGGAUCCCGGGGUGUACUUCAUCAAUAUCUUAACGCUGUUGAUGUGCAUGGCGAGCACGAGCACCUGGUUGGCACAGUAUUACACGAAGCUAUACUUCAAUGUGCUUCCAAAGGAGGACAUCGACAAUAUGUGGACUAGCGAAGGCUCCGCCGAGCUUGGUUAUUCAUUUUGGCUGGUGGUGUGUGCCGGCGUGGUGCAUUUAAUCAGCAUAGCGCUGGUCGGCUGGGGCUCAGGACGGGACAAGAUAGAACGACUAGAGACAAUUCCGGCGCUGGAGGAAAAGACAGCAGCGGCAAUAAUGCUGUAUUGAACACCAGCGACUCCCGAGAGUCGGACUCAAAGACGGGAGAAAGAGAGAUCCAUCAGAAGAAUUGCAUUUUGUACGGAGUAACGCUCGCGUGUCUGUCUGCUCGCACGUCUGUCCGCGGCAUGUCGACGACGUGGAGAGUGCAGAGUCGCAGAAAAAGCCGGAGUCGAUUCGGAGGAAAGCAGACCGCGAUAUUUUCUGCUGUUUUUCGAGAGGCGACAAGUUCCUAGAUGUCUAUUAGCACGCUUAGCAUCGUAGCUUUAAAAGGAAAGGAAGAAAACGGGCACGUUAACGGGAUUCGAAACCAUCGUACGUCGUCGAACUCGAAAUUGGAAAAAUUCUUCGUAGGUAGUUUCAGUUGUACGAUUCAAUUACUGCACGAUGAUACACACGCGAAUUCCUUUCGGAAAUGAAAUAAAUAUGAAUUAUACAUCGACGCAUGGAAUCGAAAUUAAAAUUUCGUGAAAUCGAGCGCAAGAGGGGAUUGCGAUUUCCAAUCGAUCGGAACAUUAGUUUCUGGUCGAAUGUUUUCCAUUUUUUGUAAAAAAAAAGCAAGAAAUGUAGUCACGAGAUUCUCAGACUGCUGAAAUUAUCGACAAUGGAAAUCAGGCCCGUGUUGUAAUUAAUCGUUCCCGUGCGAAAUUGCAUCGUAAUAUCGCGUGAUUCGAAACAUUCUUAAUAAUUUAGCACGCGUUUGACAAAGUGUGCGCUACGUACGAUUUGGCUGUAACCCUUUUUGAGAAGUAUUUUGUUAUAGCCAUAAAGCCUUGCUAUAUCUUUACUAUUCUUUUAUUCUCUACUUUUUACAGAUGUUUGUUAAUCCUUAUUCGAUCGUUUAGGAACUUCCAAGCGCUUCUCGCGUACAAUACGAUUAACAACUAGAAUCGUAAGUAUAGCAAAUAUCUUGCCUUUUAGCUGAACGAAAGCAAAAGAAAGGAUGAGUUCGUUAGUAAAACAAUGCGUUCAUAUCAUGUUUAAAUCCAUGUUCGAAACGAUAAGUAGGAUGUAAAUAGAAACGGAAUUCGAUACUCUGUAGUGAUUUAUUUAUUAUGUAGUAUCUUAAUUAUUAACUAUAUCAUAAAUGUAAUAAAACAAUUAAAAAGACAA